AUGGCGAAGUAUGGGGAAGGAGAUGCACGCUGGAUCGUCGAGGAGCGGGCUGACGGGACGAACGUGAACAACUGGCACUGGAAGGAGAAGGACAUCGCGCCAUGGUGCCGAGUGCGCCUCGGCGAGCUGUUCUCGGGCCUCCAGCUCGUCAAGGACGGUCCGAUCGAGGUCGAGUGUACGGGCGUCACCAAGGUCGGCGGCGACGCCAUCAUCAACAGUAGGAAGAACAAAUUGAUCCCUAGUUAUGAAAUUGACUUCAGCGUGGGCUGGAAGGCUCAGAUCAAGGACGGCAGCGGUGCCGCGGUCGGGGAGGCGACGGGGUCGCUCGAGUUCCCGUACGUGGCCGAGGAGAACCACGACGAGGAGCCGGAGAUGCGCGUCGUGCUGCCGAAAGAGGACCCCGCGGCGCAGCAAGCGAAGCGGGCGAUCUUGGGCCCAGGCAAGAAGGCUGCGCUCGAUGCGAUCGCGACGUUCGUCAAGGAGAUCCACGACGGCGCGCCCGUGAAGCUGUCGCUCAAGGCAGAAGCCGCGGCUGCGAACGGCGGCGGCGGCGCGGAUGCCGAAGCACGGGCCGCGGCGGCGCAGGCUGCCAAGGUGCAGCGGGAGGAGGAGGCGAGGAAGGCCGAAGCGGCGAGGAAGGCCAGGGAGGCGGAGCAGCGCGCGAAGGCGGAGGAGAGGGCCGGGGUGCGGUCCAUCACCCUGGAGGAGUCGUUCUACUGUUCGGCGCGCGACAUCUUCGAGUGCCUGACGGAGACGCCGCGCGUGUGCGCGUUCACGCGCGCGCCGGCGCAGCUCGAGGGGCGGCCGGGGGGCCGGUUCGAGAUGUUUGGGGGGAGUGUGCAGGGGGAGUUCGUGGAGCUGGUGCCGGGGGAGCUGGUGCGGCAGAAGUGGCGGUUCAGCAGCUGGGCGGACGGGGUGUUCAGCGACGUGGAGAUCCGGAUCACGGAGAGCGAGCCGGGGUCGACCAAGGUGGCGCUCAGGCAGACUGGGAUUCCGGAGGGCGACCGGUACGGGAACGGCGACACCGUGCGCAUGGUGGAAGAGGGCUGGCGCGGGAUGGUGUUCUCGCGGAUCAAGGCGGUGUUCGGGUACGGCGCGUGA